CAGUUAUUGCGAAGGGCCUGGUGAGAUCCAGCGAUCGGGAGAUACCUUUUCUGGGCUUUUCAUGCUGUGAUCGCCCCGUGAUCGCCCCGUGAUCGGAUAAGAUGGUUGGGAUUCCGGGAUCCUUCCAGUUUGCAGGUGAUAAGAGAGGGCCAGUGAUGCCAGGGUCCCCCAUGGAAGUGAAGAUUCAUUCUAGGUCUUCUCCACCAACUAUGGCUCCUCUUCCCCCAGUCAAUCCCAGUGGGCCAAGACCAGUCUCCUUCCCACCUUCAUCACUUUCCAACGGCAUCAACCACUCUCCUCCGUCCCUGAACGGCGCACCCUCGCCACCCCAGCGCUCCAGCAAUGGCCCUUCCUCGUCGUCCUCCUCUUCCUUGGCCAAUCAGCAGCUCCCUGCAACCUGCGGCGUGAGGCAACUCAGCAAACUUAAAAGGUUUCUCACUACACUGCAGCAAUUUGGCAACGACAUCUCCCCCGAGAUAGGAGAGAAGGUCCGGACACUGGUCCUCGCCCUUGUGAACUCAACUAUAACCAUAGAAGAGUUUCACUGCAAGCUGCAGGAGGCCACUAACUUCCCCCUGCGUCCUUUCGUCAUCCCCUUCCUGAAGGCCAAUCUGCCACUUCUCCAGCGAGAGUUGCUGCACUGCGCCCGCGCCGCCAAGCAGACUCCUUCCCAAUACUUGGCACAGCAUGAACAUAUCCUCCUUAACAGCAGCACCUCCUCCCCAUCGGACUCCUCUGAAUUACUUCUAGAAGUGAAUGGAAAUGGGAAGAGACACAGCCCUGAGAGGAGAGAAGAUAACAGCUUUGAGAGGGAACCCAUUCCCCCUGAACCUCCUGUCAAAAGGGUCUGCACCAUCAGUCCGGCACCCAGACACAGUCCCGCGCUGUCUGCGCCUCUUCUGAACGCGGCCAGCCAGUUCCACCCUACGCCGCCUCCUCUGCAGCACUACACUUUGGAAGAUAUACCUGGCUCCCAGCUCUACCGGGACCCGGUGGGCAAGAUGGGGGAUCCAAGAGAUUUGAGAGAGAGACACCAUGGUGUUGGUAAGACAGGUAUAAACGGGAAUGUGAAUAACGGUUACCAGGAAGAACUUGUUGACCAUCGACUGACCGAAAGAGAGUGGGCAGAAGAAUGGAAGCAUUUAGAUCAUGCGCUCAACUGCAUCAUGGAAAUGGUGGAAAAGACAAAGCGAUCCAUGGCCGUGCUGCGGAGGUGUCAGGAAGUGGACAGAGAUGAGCUCAAUUACUGGAAGCGACGAUGUAGCGAAUCUACCGAGAUCCGCAAAGGAAGCGAGCACAUGAGCAGACAGCACAGCCCAAGCAGUACAGAUUCAGGAGGCACCGAUUCUCUGCGAGACUUUGGAAGCAGAACAGGAGCAGGCUAUGUAACGGACGAGAUCUGGAGGAAAGCAGAGGAGGCUGUGAAUGAAGUGAAGCGCCAAGCCAUGUCAGAAGUCCAGAAAGCUGUAUCUGAAGCCGAGCAGAAAGCCUUCGAGAUGAUAGCAUCAGAGAGAGCACGAAUGGAGCAAACCAUCGCAGACGCGAAGCGGAGGGCAGCGGAAGAUGCGUUUCUAGUGGUGAACGAGCAGGAGGAAUCCACAGAGAGUUGCUGGAACUGCGGUCGGAAAGCCAGUGAGACUUGCAGCGGCUGUAACAUCGCGCGUUACUGCGGUUCCUUCUGUCAGCACAAGGACUGGGAGAAGCAUCACCGCAUUUGUGGACAGAAUUUGCACGGCCAGGCAAAAUCUCUUACUCCUGGUCGCUCCUUGGUUCCUAAAACCAAUGACCCGGUUUUGCUGAGCCCCGCGCUGGAGAGGUCCUCCAGUGCCACCUCACGUUCUUCCACCCCAGCCUCGGUCACUGCCGUUGAUGGCCUGUAAAUUAGGGCAUCACUUGUGUUUUGUACCUUCCAUGGAAGAAGGAAUCCAAUGAAGUAACAGGACUAAAAUGCAGCUACCUGUGGAGCUUAUGGUAUAGAGAGCUGGAACCUAUAUAACCUCUUUAGUAGCUGAAGGAUAACACUAGAGUUUUGUCAUGCCCAAGUCACCAGUCCCCAAGGUGUUAAUAGUAAUACCCAUAUGAAUAUGCUGGAGGUACAUUCACUGAAUACAAAUACGGCAUCUUAGAAGAACAUUUCCUGACCAGGGAACACGUUUAGCAGUGAUUACCAUUCCAGGCCGCUGUUUCUUCCAAGGACUCAAUGAAUUGAUUUUUUUUA